AUGUUUUCUCACGCACUCUCAGUCGCGCUGACGGAGCCAGAGUAUCGCAAUGGCAGCAGCAUCCUCAGCCUUGAAAAUUACACCGCCGAAGGGAUGCUUCUCUUCCUCAGGGAUAAGCAUGAAAAAACUCUGUCAGGGUGGUCUGACUACUUGGAGCGCCGGAAGCAGGGGGGAGGCCCCGAACUAUUUGCGACUCCUGAACAGGCCAAAGCCUGGCUGGUUCAGCAGGCUCCCGUAAAGUUCGUCGACGGCGCAUGGCUUGGUCACGUACACAAGAUUACUACACCAUUUCCUCUCCGAAGUGUUACAAAGCAUGCAUGGCAGGUAUUGUCAGAGGAACUUGGCGACGGUGAUCCUGAAAAACAUCAUGUCACUCUUUACCGCAAGCUGCUGGAGAGCAUUGGACGUCCCCUGCCCGAUGGCCACAGCGCCGAUUUUAUACAUGCCAGCGAGUGGGAUCGAGGCGACAACCAUGGUAUUUGGGAAGCUGCAGUGGGCCAGUUGGUCAUUUCACUCUUUCCUCACGAGUUCCUCCCUGAAAUUCUUGGCUUCAAUCUGCACUUCGAGGAGGUUCGACUCGACACAAUGCAGGUGGCGCAUGAGCUUACGCAUCACGGUAUUGACCCUUACUAUUUCCUCAUCCACAUUAGCAUAGAUAAUGCCGACUCAGGACAUACGGCAAUGGCGUCCCAUGCUGUCGUGCAAUAUCUGGACGUGAUGCGAGCAACGGAGGGUGAAGCAGCUGUGGGGCACGCGUGGAAGCGUAUUCAGGUUGGAUACAUCUUGUCGCAGACCUUGGGGUGUUACACUUGUACUUCAAAUGUGGAUUCGGAACCAUCAAGCCUGAAAUCGCUGCGAAGUGCACUCAGCACCCAAGUCCUGGAUAUUUUCAGAGCCAAGGCUUCGGUAUCACACGGCAUACAUUCUCGAAGCAGGGCCUGCAUAGGGCCCUACGCCUUACAUGAAUGGCUCGAAGAGACGAUACGGAUGGAAUCCAAUGGUUUGGAUCUACUGACGAUCCUCAGCCGGGCAAAGCCGUGGGUGGUUGCUGGGAACAGCAGAAAGAGUCUACUCGUGCGAGAGCUGUCGUGGGGAGGACGCAUGUUCGGCGCCUUCACAAAAAAAGAGGUUACAACAAUAUGUCAAUGGAUCGAUGUCCUGAAACCCGGGAGCGAGUCCAGUUUAUACUGGGAAUUUACGCAGAGGCAGCCAGUAACUUCCCAAGAAGCAGUGGCAGAGCUCCGAGACCCGGCUUCUCAUCACCCGUAUGUGCCAGCUACUGAUGCAGCCAGCAUACUCCAUACUUUUGAUUCGAACAUGACGAUGAACGCGGGUCAGAGGGUUGAUUUUAGUGGCUGGGGUGUGCUGACGGAGCACUCACCUUUGAGCACAAUUUCCUGCGCUCGACUCCCAGAUAUCAUAGCACUCUGGUUUGCGCACAUCAGCCUUCUGGAGAAUACGAUAGACACACCUUCUCGAACCGCAGACCCUGUCCAUCUGAGUAUUCUGCGCCUCCUGCGGGCGCAAGCGGGCUUUUGUACAGAAUCUGACAUUGUCGCGGGCAUGGACGAGGUGCGCCGUGACUCCUGCACCAGUCUGGUCGACAUUGGGCUGGAGCUAGCCGAGAAACUUUCCCAGAUCGCUAUCAGUGCCAAGCCUCAGACGCUGAAACAGGUAUUUUUACGCAUCGACAAGUACAAUGCAAGCCUCCUCCAACGGUACCUUCUCUCGUACUGGCACAUGCGCUACGUGUUCAUGCGCAUGCUAUAUAUGCAGCUAUUUAUUAUACAGCUGCAGCCAUAUUAG